AUGCCAUUAGACAUUAGUUGUGCCUUCUUCACUGAGGCGCUGGAAAUAGGUGCAGUGUGUCAUUUCGACCAAGAUGAACUUCCUGCCGCGCCUCAGGACGCUUGGGUGAAACCCAUGAGCAUUAUGCCAGCAGCAGCGAAAGAGCAUUUGCGCUUGCCUGGCAACCACAAUGUUCAACCUCGAACAGACCACCGACAAAAAACACAGCUGGUCUGGGAUUUGCCGUUGCCGCGAAUUAUUGAUUCGAGGCCAUGUGUUUGCACCACCUGUCGUCGCUCAAGUGAACAGCCCGAGUGCUUGAUGUGGCAUGUCCAACCUUCGGAACUUCACGUCUUAGUGCACAAGCGGCCAAAGAAGGGAAACAUUUGGUUUACGCGAACGUUCCUGCUGUUCGCGGUCCAAGAUUUUUACGAACAUUGGAACGCCAAGUCCCUCCGAAGAAUGCUGGCGACGCAUUAUGCUUGGAACUCAAUCACCUUGUUGCAGCGGGCCCAGCCCAAAUGGCGGAUUUGUCGGUUACCCUUUGCAAACACACUUCGCAGUAUGCUGUUCGAUGCCUUGGAGCACUGGCUUCCGACCAUUUGUGGCCCGCUGCAACAAGCAGUUUUGCAGUAUUCUGGUCAGAUUGUUCGCGGCGAUGGCAACUACAAAAUAGGUAAAAAACUGCUGUCUCAUGCUGAUGGGAAGCCCUGUCGUGUCAUUUUGGCCUGGACUGGACUGGACGGUUGCCUUUUGCAGCCGCCGACAGCGUCCCCUACUGAAGACAUUGCGGACAUCGAGCCAGACCUGCGAAGCUUGCUCCAACAAAUCAGAACCGCUCGCCUGGCUGCUGGCUGUAGUUUGUUGGAAUCGCAGCCGGUGGCCCACUGUACCGAUCGGUACGGCCAACACCGUCUUCAACUGCAACGAAUCUAUCAGCAUAAUGUCUGGGGAGAAAACGCCUUAGUAGUCGAGGCUUCCACUGCGAAGGGUGAUGCAGUUUCAGUCAGUGCUCGGGACAAGAACGAAUUGACCCAGAUCACAGGAGACCCGUUUCAUGAUGUGCUGGCCUUGCGCAGAGUCGCCGCUUGUCGCUUGCCAGACGCUGCCACCAUGGUGCGGGAUCACAUCGAUUGUUUGGGCAGGCUAUCGGCGCCGGUGGAGCUAGCUACUGCCAAACGUAAUGCAGCAGAACUGAUUGAGCUCGACUCUGGCCUGCACUUCCUGCUGCGAGCAACCGUCACCGAAUCAGCAAGUGUUUGGGCGCAGACUAAAGCAGCCAACACAGAACACUUGUCAGCUCUCCGUGCCUUUUUGGUCCAGCAAAGGGUUUUGGAAGCAAAGACAUGGAAGAACGUCUUCAAUGCAAAACCACCACGCAGAACAUUGGAACAGAUUUGCACCAGAGUUGGGGCCAAGCCAGUCCAUGGUUUCUUCAAUUAUCGUGACAGUGGUGCAUUCCAGACGGAGUUGAAGCGCAUUGUGCUCUGGUACAACCGACCUAGAAGAGCGACGGCGCAAUCACAGAAGAUGCCACGCAGCAAGCGGCAAAAGAAAACCUUGGUCGCCAACCGCAAAGCCAUGACAGACAAACCCCUGCGAAUCGAAGGCAUGCUGGCUUGGAAAAAAGUUGCUUUGGAAGUGCGAGCUGCGAGUGUUCCUUUACGGACUGGCACCAUGAGCGUCGAAAAAUUUUGGGCCUUGUUCUAUGACUACAUACCGAAGUCGACAACCAGGAUCAGCUUACGAUUCUUCCGCAUCUUGGCCCAGUUGGUGCUCAUUCGUUUCAACAUCGUGCAUUUCACCAGUGGGAAUCUACCAGGAUGGGUUGAUGGAGACACGCUCUUACACCAACGCUUGGAUGCCGCAGACGCAGCCCUCCGGUUGCUCAUGGGUGGUGGUUGUAAUGGUGAUGGAGACAGUAGCGGGGCAUCUGCUUUGUUCGAUCCUUUCUUGGCUAUCAACUAG